AAUCGACUAAAUCUCAACCUUUUAUUCCUUCAUACUUAAAAAAUACACCUAUUGAUUUACAUAAUAAAACAUCAAAAAAUGUAAUACAACUUCCUACAAAAUGGAAUAAAUUAGACGCGGGUAGCGAUAUAAAAGUAAGAGAAAAUGAAUUAUGUGCUGAAGCUAUUGCAGCAGCCAUUAGAACGGAUAAUCCAAUUCCAGUUAAAGCAGGAAUUUAUUAUUUCGAAAUUGAUAUUAUAUUUGGUGGAAAGGAUAAUAUUGUAGGAAUUGGAAUUGGGACAAAGAAAUAUGGUUUAACUUUAAUGCCAGGAUGGGAUUGGCAUUCAUUUGGUUAUCACAGUGAUGAUGGCCGUACAUUUUUUAAUGGUCAUCGAUGGGAACGAGAUCCAUAUGGUCCGUUAUAUUCAACCGGAGAUAUAAUUGGGUGUUGUGUAGAUUUUUUCUCAAAAACCGUCUUUUACACAAAAAAUGGUAUAAAUUUAGGAAAUAUUCAAGUCAUACAUGGUGACAUUUAUCCAGUUAUUGGAAUGAAAAAUCAACCAGUAUGUAUUGAAGCUAAUUUUGGUACAAAACCAUUUAAAUUUGAUAUUGAAAAUUACACAAAGAUACGAUUCAAAGAAAUAGGAGAUUCAUCUCCAUACAUUAAUUUUGAUGAAUAUGAAAGUUCAUUUGUUAACAAUUUUUUGAUGAAUAUAGAGAAUUUAGAUGAUAAUCUUGUUAACAAUUUAUUUAGUGGAGAUAUAGAAAAUUUAGAUGAAAAUAAUGGUGAGAAUGAAUAUCAAGAAAUGAAAAUUUGUGAUUAUUAA